AUGACCGGCUUCAAGCCCGGUUUCUCACAGGCCCUGUGCAUUGUCCUCUUGUUGCUCAACGAGCUUCCAAGAAAUUUGACCCGAUUUGAAGUUGUUGCCGUCUCGCCAGGAUCGGUCGACGAAGUAUUAUCAAGUGGAUCAAGCGAGAUCUCCGGCUUGGAAGCAGCUCGGUCUGAGUUCCCACUUGCAGCUCAAAAUGUCGACACUCUCGGCCACCACGCCGAGCCCCCAGACGACACGAGGAAGACUGAAGCAGAAUUACCAAAGCUCAAUAGGGACGGCCCCAGUCUUUCAGAAAUGCCCCAGCAAGAAGACGCUGCUUCUGCGAGCUCAAUCUGCGCACCGCCCACGAACUUGGAAAGUCGAGAGGAUCCUCAGACGGAGCCAGUAAAGGCAAACAAGGAGCAAACAAGUUUUCCAGGAGAAUAUGCCAGUGCCGCUAGUGGCAGCGACGACACCGAGAGUCGUGAUGUUGCGUAUGAUGAAGCAAAAAUUCCAAAGGCGGCUGGGGACACUGAACAACAGAAGGGUUAUACUCCUCACAUCAACUCCGCUAAUGCAUACAACCCCGAUGGAGAACACCCCCUGUCAAGAUUGCAAAAUCAGCUGGGCGAGGAGAACCCGUUAUACCCAUCGGUUCCCUAUCAUGCUGACUAUCACUACACUCCAGCUUGGGAUCAAUCACCCUUCUAUUACCAAUUGCAUUACCAAGAUACCGUUGUACCCGUAACGACCUUGCAAGUAAUCCGGAACUUCGCAUAUUUCCCUGUACCGAAAGAUAGUAUUCCAUCCGCCUACGAUCAAUCGUAUGCUCACACCGGAUUUGCCACUCCAACCUACAACACUGGUUUUGAAGAGAACUUUAGUUCCCCAUUGCCAAGCAGCGCUCAAGCAAUGGGCGCCCCAUCUGGUUCACAACGUUUUCCUGAUCACAAGUCGAAGUCGUCCAAUUUCCCUCCCAGAUUGGGGAAAAAAAAUUAUCGGUACGACAAAGCGGCUUCCCGAUCGAGGACCAAGAAUCGAGUUGACUCAGCGACCGAUGCUCCUGACGAAAAUAGACUACGAAGCUCCUCCAAUCUGGAGACAUCGAGGGGAGAAAGUUCAUCCAGUGUGAGUGCUGCAACAGGCGGAUUGACCCAUGAACCUGAGAUCCCAGCUGCAGAUGAGUCAGAGAUCCUUGCUCAGGGUUCAUCUCCAAGACCAAAACACAAGUCAAAAACAUCUGAAGCCGAAAUUGAAACUGGUGCGCACGAGACUCUAGAAAAAACGAAACAAGCUUUCGAAGCUAAAUCAUUCACUCCACAAGUACGUCAUCAAGCCACUGAUUCACUCAACCAAGCCAGCAGCAAGCCUGCUCAAGCUUUGCAAAUCUCCUCAUCUGAGCUGAGAAAAACGAAGAUAAAGGAUUUGAAAAAUUCACACGGAUUUUCGAAAACUCUGGGACCAGCUGUAAAUCUUGAUCCCUCCGAAGGACAUGAAUCCAUACCUAACGACAACUUGCCCUCGGUUUCAGUUCCAGCUGCUGAAGGUUCUUCGCAUGCUAGAAUUCCUUUUGGCGAAGGUAUUCCUUCGGAAGGCCUAGAGCCCAAUGGUGCUCUGAAAGCCGUCGAGCGAGUAGACCAGGUCCCCAGUGAGAACAGAUUGCCAACCCAUAGUGACUCACAGAACCAAGGAUUAUUUCGAUCUUCUGAAGUAGAAAGCCCGGAUCUUGAGGCUGCAUUGACGAAUAUGAAUGUGGCUAGUUCCCGAAGAAGAAGGCCACACCCCAGUUCCAUCCGGAAUAUUUCCCAACCUCCGCAACGUAAUAGAUUUGCAGCUCUUGACGAGUUAGAGAGCGUGGUCCAUAAAUCUGGGUCUGAAGGUCAACCUGGAGCGGCUAAAAACUUCGAUGAUAGCGAAAAUCAUGAAACGGAAGGCAGGGCAGCACCUGAUAAAGAGACCAACUCUGAGCAAGUUACUACUGCCUCGAAGAAAACGUAUGAUCCCAGGAUAAUUCUGGAUUCUACGAGGUCUUACCUGAAAUCUGGAGCGAAUUUGGCUCUCAGCGCUUGGUACAAAGUCCCCAGUCUCCGACCAUCCGUUCCAUCAUUCCAAUUUCUGCGAUUCACAAGGAGUGGACUUGUACAGAAGCUGGCGGACCAUUCGCCAUCCUUCCCUUCUGGAAAAACACUUUUGGAUUUCUUAAAAAACUCCAAAUCGAAAUUUGGAAAUAUAGUUGGAAGAAGAAUAGGAUAUCGCAGCUACCCAGUACCUCUUCAGCUCAAGGAAGAACCAGUUCGAGUAAUAUCUACAACAGAAAAGGAACCUAUCAAAGGAAAAGAUGCCUCGAGGUCUUCUUGUUCUUCAGCAGCACCUUCUCUGAAGUCUUUUGAUCUCAAAUCACGCGAAUCGCCGAUAAAGCCUAUAGGUGCAGGUGUUCCACAAAGUUCCGGAAUUUCGGAUGGACGGCCGAUGUUGAAUUUAGGCAAAUCUGUCGAAGGCGAGUCGAGUUCAAGUUCAAGAAAGAAGAAAAACCUUCGAUUUAAGCCCAACGAAGACGAACGCUUGCCCGAUUACGUCAAGGAAAUAAUAAAAAAGGCUGGUUCUGCUACGCCCCCGCAAGUUGAAGCACUGAGAAUUAUUGGGAAGUUUAUGAAAGCGGAUUCAGUGGGAAGCUAUACCCCAGUGUACUUGUACAAGGAAGCAUUUCAUGUGGACAAGAAGUCAGCCAACAUGGAUCAGGAAGCAGCCCAAGACAUAGCGGAUCUCCAAGCAAUGGAGAAAUAUAUGGAUCAAGUUAUGCUGAAAUCAGCAGAUCAUAAACCAUGGAAAUGGCUAGUUGAUAGAAUUGGUAGCAUUGAAGGGAACAGAAGGUGGAAAGCGCUUCGAAGACAAUACAAUCAACCUAAAAUGCUGAUCAGAUGGAAGGACCACAAGGAAAAGGUUCGAGAUUUUCACAUCCUAAGAAUUGGAUACGCCCUGCAACUGGACAAACAGUGGCCAACAUUUUAUGACGCUACUUAUUCGGAUUUUGUGUAUGUGAGCUUCGCCUUCGAGGACAAAAAUAUUCGUAAAGACUUCAUUGCGAUCGCGGGCGCAGAUGAACUUGGACAUAGGCUCUUUACUCUUCGUCUUAGGUCCGGCCAAACACGCGCGCAUCACAAUUACGAUGUGAAUGGUUAUUUGACGUUCAAAGUACGCGUGGAUCCUGGGUUGGAUCCCGAGCACGCCAGAUACGCCCAAAGCGCAGUGGCCAGACAUACAUUCGAAGCGUAUGACAACACCGAGGGCCAAGCUGAACAGGCUUUGAGAAACGCUCAUGCGUUGGCUCAUAAGAAGAAUCCCAGUGGCAGCUCCGACAGCGCGGCAAGCACAAACAGCGAUGGCCAUGCAGGAACUUUCAGACUUUCGAGCAUCGUCUCCAACAAAAGCCCCGAAGAGAAGGCAAUCGAAGCCGCUCAUAAGAAAUCACUCUCCUCACGUCAUCGCGGUGCAAUGCAAUACGGGCCAGUCCGAACAAGCAUCUGGAUGAAAGAGGGAAUCGGAAGGCGUGCACGAGAGCUCAAAAACAGAAUCACCAACAAGAUUGAAAAAGAGCCUCAAGUUGAAACCGAAGGAAGAGGCUAG